AUGGUGUACCUUGUUUUUCUUAUUUUCUGCCUUUAUGCGGUUUACGCUUACGAGCAAAACGAUAGUAAUAUUCUUUAUCCUCUUCAUGGACCAAUUCCUCCAAAUGUAAAUGCCUGCUUUAUCGUUGAUAGGGCUCAUGCCCUUUCGAUAGGGCCUUCAGAAAAUCCUAAUAAAGAUAUGUUUCUAUUAAUAGCUUAUGUCCUCGAUUUGGUACUAAUUUUUGUUUUGGCUGUAGUGUUUAAGGCACAUGUGAAUUUAAGAAGAAAUGGAAAUGGCGAACUUCCUGGAAUUAGGUUUGCUAAAGGACCCCUUAGUAUAUAAGGUAUAAAUAAUAAGAGCG